CGCUCCCCUGGCAGGGGCGGGUGUCGGGAGGGGGCCGGGGCCGGGAAUGGCCGUCCGGGGGCGAGCGUCACGUGGGCUGCCCGGCUCGCUCUCCGUCGGGUCGGAGUUGGGAUGUUUUCGACAUUAGACGGGUCUGCGCUGUGACUAAGUAGCCCUGUGACCUUGGGCACGUUCCUGCAAUACUCUGGAGCUUUUGUUUCAUUGUCAAUAAACUGAAGUGGACCUGCGUUCAGAAUUUGACCUCGGGAGUUCCUGCUUCCCCACAAGCUGCCGGGUAACUACCAGGAUCCAGAGAAUCACCCACUGUUGGUUUUUGCCCAAGCCAGAAACAGUCAAGACCACAGAGCUACGUGAAGAGGAGGGCUUGCCAAAGGAAUUUUCCAGGUGCUCAAACGCCAGGACUUGCAGCUCUUGUGGGCAGCCCAGGCGGACAAAGCGGGAUUUGAGGAUCUGCUCGACGCUGGGCCAUGGCGGGCCGGGGCCUGUACGUGGCCACCCUGCUGACAGGGCUGCUGGAAUGCCUUGGCUUUGCGGGCGUCGUCUUUGGUUGGGUUUCCCUGGUGUUUGUCUUCAAAGCAGAGCAUUACUUUAAGAACCCGUGUGAACCAAAUGCUGGGCUGAUGGGCAAUGCCACAGAGCAGGCUGCUGAGGACUGCAAAGCUCAGGAUGAGACCUUCUCACUCAUCUUCACCCUGGCAUCCUCCAUGAACAACUUCAUGACAUUCCCCACCAGCUACAUCUUUGACCAUUUCAAGACCACUGUGGCCCGCCUCAUAGCCAUAUUUCUCUACACCAGCGCCACACUCAUCAUAGCCUUCACCUCUGCAGACUCAGCUGUGCUGCUCUUCCUGGCUAUGCCAGUGCUCAGCGUCGGGGGAAUGCUGUUUCUCAUCACCAACCUGCAGAUUGGGAACCUAUUUGGCAAACAUCGUUCAACUAUCAUCACCCUCUACAAUGGAGCAUUUGACUCUUCCUCUUAUUAUUUCCUCCUUCUGCAGCUGCUUUAUGAACAAGGCAUCAGCCUCAGGGCCUCCUUCAUCUUCUCAGUCUGCAGUACCUGGCAUGUCACACGUACCUUCCUCCUGAUGCCCUGGGGGCACAUCCCCUACCCACUGCCCCCCAACUACAGCUAUGGCCUGUGCUCUGGGAACGGCCCCGCAAAGGAGGAGAAAACCGCUGAGCGUGAAAACGGAGCUGCAGCAAAGGAGUUCCUUUCACCAGAGAAAGAGAUCCCAGGACCAGGGCAGCAGCAGAAACCCCGCUCUUUCUGGGGUUACGUCCUCUCUCGCCGCUUCGCCUGGCACCUGGUGUGGCUGUCUGUGAUACAGUUGUAUCACUACCUGUUCAUCGGCACCCUCGACUCGCUGUUGACCAGCUUGGCCGGUGGGGACAGGGCGAUAGUCAGCACCUACACAAAUGCCUUUGCCAUCACUCAAUUCUUCGGGGUGCUGUGUGCCCUCUGGAAUGGCCUGCUCAUGGACAGGCUUCAGCAGAAGUACCAGAAGGAAGCUAAAAGGACAGGCUCUUCCACCUCGAUGGUGGCCCUCCGCUCGGCAGUGCCCUCGCUGACCCUGACGUCCCUGCUGUGCCUGGCCUUCACCAUCUGUGCCUCAGUUCCCGUCCUCCCCCUCCAGUACGUCACCUUCAUCCUGCAAGUGAUCAGCUGCUCCUUCCUCUACGGGGGCAAUGCUGCCUUCCUCACGCUCGCAUAAGUGGCCCUGGAUUACCCUUCAGAGCACUUUGGAAAGCUCUUUGGGCUGGUGAUGGCUUUGUCGGCCAUUGUGUCCCUGUUCCGGUUCCCCAUCUUCAUCAUCAAAGGCCCCCUCCAGAGUGACCCAUUCUAUGUGAAUGUGGUGCUAAUACUCGCCACGCUUCUGACGUUAAUCCACCCCUUCCUGGUGUACCGGGAGUGCCGCACGCCCAAAGAAAGUCCUUCUGCUAUUGUGUAGUUCAGAAACCCCCACUUUUCAGCCCUCGGGAUGCUUUUGCUAAUCAUUCCCCACCUUUGAGGACUCCAUGUCCAGAAAGAUUCUGCCUACCCAGGCUACUUAUAUACAUAUAUAUAUAUUUUUUUGAGACAGAGUCUCACUUUG